GUUUGCACAACCACGAAGCGACCAAAAGAAUAAGCUGUCGGCAGCGGGCUAUAAGAUCCUCACCCCAUUCACACUCUACCGCCCGACGAGCAUGAAGGCAGCAACAGCAGCAGCGACGACGACGACGACGACGACGACCAAGGAGGACGUGGCGCGCCAACGGCGCUUCUGGGCCAUUGCCGAGAACGACGCCGACGACGUUCCGCCGGCGUGGACGCCGAGCUCGUGGCGGACGUUCCCGAUCAAGCAACAGCCGACGUACCCCGACCCCGCGGCGCUCGACACGGCUCUCGAGAAGCUCAAGACACUGCCGCCGCUCGUAUCGGUGCAAGAGAUUGAGCGUCUCCGCGACCAGCUCGCCGAGGUCGCGGACGGCAAGCGCUUUCUGCUGCAGGGUGGCGACUGCGCCGAAAGCUUCCGCGACUGCAAGCCCGACGUCAUCGAGAAGAAGCUGCGCAUCAUGAUGCAAAUGAGCCUCGUGCUCGUGUGGGGCGCCCGCAUGCCAACUACCCGCGUCGCGCGUAUGGCCGGUCAGUUUGCCAAGCCGCGGUCGCAAGCCACUGAAAUCAUUGACGGCGGUACGCCUCGCCGAUCUCAUCUCGUUGUCUCAUGCUGUCCAAUACGUCGGCUAGUCGAAGUGUGCACGUUCCGUGGUGAAAAUGUCAACGGCGUCGGCGCGCAUGAGCGGACGCCGGACCCGGCGCGUCUUCUCGAAGGCUACUACCACAGCGCCGCCACGAUGAACUAUGGCCGGCUCCUUCUCGACAGCGGAUUUGCCGACAUCCACGAUGCAGGCAAGUGGGACCUCGGGUUUGUCCAAAACUCGAUUCGCGCCGAGCAAUAUGCGCAUAUGGUGUCGGCGAUCCAGGACAGCUUGCACUUUGUGCAUACGUGCGGCGUCGGCUACGACAUGAACCUCAAGACCAUGGACCUCUUCAUCUCGCACGAAGGCCUCGGCCUCGCGUACGAAGAGGCCAUGACGCGCAAAAUCAACGGCAAGUACUACAACAUGGGCACGGACUUUCUUUGGAUCGGCGACCGCACGCGGCAGCUCGACCACGCGCACAUCGAGUACUUUCGUGGCAUUGCCAACCCGAUCGGCGUCAAGGUCGGCCCGAGCAUGCACCCGUCCGAGCUCGUCGAGCUCAUCACCAAGCUCUGGCCGAAUCCCGAGGCGACGCCGGGCAAGAUCACGUUGAUCACGCGGUACGGCGACGCCAAAGUCGCCUCGAUGCUGCCGGCCCACAUCCAGGCCGUCAAGGCCGCGGGGCUCAAGGUCGUCUGGUCCUGCGACCCGUGCCACGGCAACACGAUUACGACCGACAAUGGCUACAAGACGCGUCCGUUCAGCCGGAUUUUGUCCGAGUUGCGCCAAACGCUCGACAUUCAUGUCGCCGAGGGCAGCCACCUCGGCGGCGUCCACUUUGAACUCACGGGCGAGAACGUCACCGAGUGCAUUGGCGGCCCGGAGCAGCUCGAUGAGACGGACCUCACGGCGCGCUACACGACGGCGUGCGACCCGCGCAUGAACUACGCCCAGAGCAUGGAAGUCGCGUUCUUGCUUGCCAAGCACCUCAAGCAAGCACAAAAGUAACGUAGCAACUUGAAUAUCCACCACUUUUUUAGACGUU